UACAUCUACAAAACCCCGCCAGACAAUGUCUGGGGACGAUGAAAACGAAACCGGUGUCGGACAACACCGGAACAUCAACCUUGAAAUCGAAUACGACCAUGAGGACAGCGACAACAUCCCCUUCACCAUCGUCUACUGCAUUUUCAUCCUGCUCAUCAUCAUCGGCAACAGCAUGAUUCUCACUGUGAUCAUCUGGAGGAGAGAACUGAAAACGCCGAGAAUCGUGUACAUCGUGUCCCUCAUCACAUCAGAUAUGAUGGUGGCUUCCAUCGUCAUCCCUCUCGCCAUCUUAACGCAGUAUAAACUAUUCCUGGGAUCGUCCGUCGUCUGCAAGAUUACCAUGUUUCUCAAAUACGUCACCGUAACCGCCAACCUGUACUGCAUCGUCGCCAUAGCAACGGACCGUCACCAAGUCAUCAUGAGCAUCUUCAAGUCGAGACCGCAGAAAUCGCGAUCGGCUCUGUUCGUGUUCUUCGUCUGGAUGUUUGCGGCUCUUUACAGUCUUCGGCCGGGCUUCACGUAUGGCCUGACGCACCACGAGGACAAGGUCAUACGCCAGCACAUGCACAUGAACCACUCCCUGGACAGUGUGGAACACGAACACAUGCGGAACGAGACGGACUUCUUGACGCACACGACGUGCGGGCUGGAAUUCGAGCGGUUCCGCCACCUCUUCAUCAUCCUCGACUUCCUCAUCAUCUGUCUGCUCCCGCUCUUCAUCAUCAGCGUCCUGUACAUCCGGGUGAUCGCGUGGCUCGUGCGGCAGAGGAAGAGGAACUGCGCAGUCUCGAGGACGAAGAACCAGAACGUGAAACUCAUCCAGAUGGUCCUGGUGAUUGUGGUCACCUACACCGUCUGCCAGCUGCCCUCACACGUCUUCCAGAUGUACGUCUACUUCGGGCCCGGCGUCGACAACGACGCAGAGUUCAUCUACGACGUCCUCACCAUCUUCACCUACUUGAACAGCGUCCUCAACGUCUGCAUCUACUCCCUGUUCGACACUAGGAUUUACCGUUUCGUCAAGAUGGCCUUCUGCUGUGAUCGCACGGUCUCCGUUCAGGACAUUGCCAGCAUCUCACAGACUCCCACGUCACCGCGUAGUGGCCGCUCUGCUGCGAACGGAAGGACGCCUCCAAAUUCUUACUUGUGAAAAUAAAAUAUUUUUAGACUGGGAACCAUAGUAUAAAAUGUGUUUAGGGCGCUUGCAGGAAGCGUAAAGGCUCAUGUAGAACUGGUGUGGUUUGAUUGUUCCGUCUGAUGAGUCUGUAGCUUGCGUUUUGGGCAUAUACACCCAUAUACGAUUAUUUCAUUGCGGCUGGCCGCAUACGUUUUGCAGACGCAUGUAUCGCACGCAUCCGGUCUAAACGCUCUCAGUGAAACAUGUAUUUCGAUUGUUUAUAGCUGACUCGCUCGCUCCUGUGGCAUCCAGGGCCAAUAUUUUCGAAGCUAUCUUAGCCUACGAAAUCGUAAAAUCAUCGUAAGCUAUGACGUCACUAUGGCGUGUGCUGUAGUGACGUCACAACCUACGACGGUUUUACGAUUUCGUAACGCUAAGAUGGCUUCGAAAAUAUGGGCCCUGUAUCGUUUCGCGUCUUUCAUUCUGGAAUUAUUUAAUAUUGUGACGUAGUAUCGAUGUUGAGAGGACCUAAUAGUUACGUUUGAGAUAUUGGCAGUUGGAGAUAAACCAAACAGUUCUUGAAAAUUGUUAAUGUUUAAAUUACCAAAUGUUUGACAUCCAGUAGCCCAGGUUUAAUAAUUCAAUGUGUUCUAGUGGUGUCGGUAAACAAAACAAACGUUUUUGUUAUAGUUUUGACUUUGACAUAUCCAAUGUUCUGUGAUUACAUAGGUCGAGAUAACUGUUUUAGUGUGUGUGUGUGUGUGUGUGUGUGUGUGCGUGCGCGCGCGCGUGUGUGUGUGUUUGUGCGUGCGUGUUUGUGUGUAUGAGUGCGUGUUUGUAACCAUAUGUAUUGUAAAUACAGGAUUGAUUUGACAAAAUGUGUUUCUUUGUUCUUUCGUAUCAACUAAUAAAUGGAAGGAAGGAAGGGAGGUAAUGUUUUAUUUAACGACGCACUCAACACAUUUUAUUUACGGUUAUAUGACGUCGGACAUAUGGCCCAAUACAUGGUUGCACUGUUCGCAGUUUAUUUCAGGCAGAGAUUAAACGCCCGCAGUAAUCAACAUGCUGAUCUUCUCAGUUCCUGUGCACUACGACUGGUAUAUCAAUGUCAUGGUAUGUGCUGCCAUGUAUGUAUGAUAGUGCAUAUAAAAGAUCGAACCACCUAUGUGGAUCCAUUCAA